GAGCUCAAAGUAGAAUAUACACGAAUUUUGACUGCUAACAAUCCUCAUGCCCCGCAAAAUAUUGUGCGUUACAGUUUCAAGGAACGUCAAUAUAAACAAAUACCAAGUGUUGAUCAGCUAGCCAUCCAUUUUAUGAUUGAUGGAAAUCUACUUCACAAGGAAUCAGAAGAAGCAAAGAAACAAUUUGCUCGCAUGGGAAUUACUGAAAUUCAGGAAGAAGAAAAGCGAGAGCCUUCAGAGAGAGGAGAUGAAGCCGAUGAAGGUGCACAGGAAGCUGAUACAAAAGAGGAAGGAGAGGAAGGAGAAACCAAGGGUACUACAAGAAAGGGAAGAAAGAAAGAAAAGAAACUGACAAAUCAGUUUAAUUUUAGCGAAAGAGCAGCACAGACCUACAAUAACCCUUUUCGGGACCGUGGUACAGUGACUGAACCUCCGCCACGAGCAACAUUUGCUGCAAAUGUGACACAGUGGGAGAUAUAUGAUGCCUACCAAGAGGAUUUUGAAAAACAGGAGAAGUCUAAAGAGAAGAAAGUUACCUCCUCUAGAAAAGAUGAAGGGAAAGCAAGAAAGAAAUUUGUCGCAACAGAACCAGGAAGUGAUGAUAUUUCUCGCAUGGAAGCUUCAGUCAAAAUUGUAGAACGUAUGGUUAACCAGAACACAUAUGAUGACAUCGCUCAAGACUUUAAGUAUUGGGAGGAUAUUUCUGAUGACUUCAGAGACCAGGAGGGAACACUGCUGCCUUUGUGGAAGUUCACCUUUGAGAAGGCCAAGAAGCUGGCUGUAACAUCCCUCUGCUGGAACCCGAAAUACACAGACCUUUUUGCUGUGUCUUGUGGGUCAUAUGACUUCAUGAAGCAAGGCAGUGGGCUAAUCAUCUUGUGGACUUUGAAAAAUCCAUCAUACCCAGAGUGUUACUUUGAGACAGACAGUGGAGUCAUGUGUCUGGACAUACAUCAUCAGCAUCCUCAUUGGAUUUGUGCUGGGUAUUAUGAUGGUAGUGUUGCUCUCUUCAGUGUUCUAGACAAGAGAGACGAGCCUGUCCAUAGAAGUACACCUAAAAAUGGCAAACAUACCGACCCAGUGUGGCAGGUUCGCUGGCAGAAAGAUGAUGCUGACAACAACAAGAACUUUUACUCAAUAUCUUCAGAUGGUCGCAUUUGUCUGUGGACAAUCUUGAAAAAUGAAUUAAUUUUCCAAGAUGUCAUCAGGCUGAGUUUGCCUGAUAUGACAGCAGAAGGCCCUGAUGGUAUCAAAGUUCCUACAACAGGUUGUGGUACAACAUUUGAUUUCCACCAACACAAAGAUUACCUAUUUCUUGUGGGUACAGAAGAGGGCAAAGUUCACAUCUGUUCAAAAGCGUAUACCAGCCAUUUCAUUGACACAAUUGAUGCCCAUACUAUGGCGGUUUACAAGGUUUGCUGGAAUAAAUUUCAUCCAAAGAUUUUUAUCACAUGCAGUGCAGACUGGACUGUGAAAAUCUGGGAGAUGACAGACAAAAUGGACAAACAUGUUGCUGGGAGUAACAGGAAGCCCCUUUUUUCCUUUGAUCUGAACAACUCUGUAGGAGAUGUUGCAUGGGCUCCUUAUUCCUCUACUGUGUUUGCUGCUGUGACUUCAGAUGGAAAGGCUUUUGUCUAUGAUUUAAAUGUCAACAAAUAUGAACCACUCUGUGAACAAAUGGUAGCCCAGAAAAAGAAAACCAAACUGACUCAUGUUGAGUUCAACCCAUCCUCUCCAACUGUCAUAGUGGGAGAUGACAGGGGAAGUGUUGUGGACCUGAAACUGUCACCAAAUCUGAGGAAAAUGAAAGCUGAGAAGAAAGGGGCCCCACCGGUUGACGAGGCCACAAAGAUUCAGCGAGAAAUUGAAAAACUGGACAGAAUUCUUUUGAUGGUCAGGGAACAGCCCACAGAAAUUACAACUAAUUAA